UCAAGAAGUUCUAAUUGCCGAAGAAGUUUGAUAGUUGGAAAGUACUGUGAAAAGUGAAACUGGAGAGGAACCCAACACGGCCGCGCGUGAAUCUACUAUUAAAGCUGUUACUUUUGUCACUUGUUUUUAUCAACUCUUUUCUUCUACGGGCCCUCAAAUCCUCGCUAAAAAAUGGCAAGAAGUGAAAACGAAAUCCAAGUUAAACAAGAAAUUAUCGAGCCGAGCCGAAAGCCGAACCCGAACCCGAAUGAUUCAUUGCCGCCGGAUUGCUUUAUCAACUUGUCAAGUUCCGAUUCCGAUUCCGACUUCGAUUCCGAUUCGGAUGCUUUGUCCGACAAUGAUAUUGACGGAAUUGUUAACAAAAGGCCUCGGGAGUCGAGUGGAGACGUUUCUGGAAACAACAAGAAGAAGAAGAGAGCGAAGGAUUUAAGUUUUGUAUUGCCGGUGGGGUUUCUUGACCCUCUGCCGGGUAAAGAACGAGCAUCGAAAGAUUCAGAGGCGGCGUUAGAAUUGCCUGCGCCGCCGGAAAGAAACGCUGGGGUUGUGAGUGGUUGUAAGCAGUUCUGGAAGGCAGGGGACUUCAAUGAUGCUCCUUCUGGUGACUGGCAGUCGGCUACCGGUGGCAUGGAUCAUGUCAGAGUUCAUCCUAAAUUUCUACACUCUAAUGCAACCAGUCAUAAGUGGGUUCUUGGAGCUUUUGCGGAGCUUUUAGACAAUUCAUUGGAUGAGGUUUGCAAUGGAGCAACAUACGUUAACAUAGAUAUGGUCAAAAGCAAGAAAGAUGGCAGCAAAAUGUUGCUGAUUGAAGAUAAUGGUGGUGGGAUGGAUCCAGAUAAAAUACGACAAUGCAUGUCUCUUGGGUACUCCGUGAAAAGCAAAAUGGUAGAUACUAUUGGACAGUAUGGAAAUGGCUUUAAAACAAGUACCAUGAGGCUUGGAGCUGAUGUCAUUGUCUUCUCACGUUGUUUUGGGGGAGGCGGGAAAAGGCCCACACAAAGCAUUGGAUUAUUGUCGUACACAUUUUUGAGGAGCACAGGAAAAGAAGAUAUUGUGGUACCUAUGCUUGAUUACGAAAGAAGAGGACAAGAAUGGCACAAGAUAAUUCGAUCGUCAGCUGGUGACUGGAAUAUAAAUGUUGAAACUAUAGUCCAAUGGUCUCCAUUUUCAAGUGAAGCAGAUCUUCUUCGGCAGUUUAAUCAGAUGAAGGAUCAAGGUACACGGAUAAUCGUAUAUAAUUUAUGGGAGGAUGACCAGGGCUUAUUGGAACUUGACUUUGACACUGAUCCACAUGAUAUCCAAAUCCGAGGCGUAAACAGGGAUGAGAAGAACAUACAAAUGGCACAGUUGUAUCCCAACUCCAGGCGCUUUCUAACAUAUCGACACUCAUUAAGGAGCUAUGUAUCAAUUCUCUACCUCAGAAUCCCUCCUUGCUUUCGAAUUAUUCUGCGCGGGAAAGAUAUUGAACACCAUAAUAUAGUGAAUGACAUGAUGAUGUCCCAAGAGAUAACUUAUCGUCCACAGCCUGGGACUGAUGGGGUUCCAAAAGAUGCCAGUAUGAUUGCCACUGUGACUAUUGGGUUUGUGAAGGAUGCAAAAGCACAUAUUGACGUUCAGGGUUUUAAUGUUUAUCACAAAAAUCGGCUCAUUAAGGUCUGCUUCUGUUUCCUUAUAGUCCUUACAAUAUAUGAAAUGUCAAAUUCUCACCAUACAUUGAUUAAGGGGGGUGUAUUCAAUUGAGAUUUUUGAAGACUU